GGGCGAAAAUUUUGAAACCAAAAAAAAAAAAGGGAGGGAAACCGCACAUUUUCUCCACACGUGUACGCUUCCAUCUGUGCACCUCCACCCACACUAUCCCCUCCUCCUUCUCCCUUCUUCAUUCUCCGUCUCUCUGCAUCCGAAUUUCUGGAAAUUUCUCGGCGAUAAACUCUGAAAUUCGCCUCGGAGGGAAGAAGAUGAUCAAGGAGUUCGGGUGCGAAGACCUGGUGGCAUUCCCCCUCGACGUUGUCGCGAAGACGGGAGGACAAAUCAGAACCAGCGCGGUGGUGAUCCAAGUUCUGCAGAACCUCCGCCGCACCAGAGCUCACGAACUCUGCGGCUACUUUCUCUCCGUCACCAAAUUCAUCAGCAUAGGAACCCUAAAGCUGCUUCCAUUGUCGAAAAUCGUUAUCAUUCCGGUGAAGUACAAUUUCCGGAGCUUUCUACCGACGCCGGGCGAAAAACUGGUCGGAGUCGUCAGGCGGGUGUUCCCGACGGCGGUGCUCUUGAGCUGCGGACCGAUGAACGUCAUUUACCUUCACCAGUCGAAGAUGCCGGGGUACAAGUAUGUGGGAGGAGAUGCAGAGAAACCGGCGAUGUUCCAGAGGGACGAUCUGACGAGGAUUGAGAAAGACGCGGCGUUGCGUUUCAAGGUGCUGGACGCGCGGUGGUCGGACGUCGGCGGCGGCGGCGGGCUCCUGAAAAGGGAGUUCAAAAUCCUCGCGAGCAUUGAAGGCGACGCCGGGGAUUCUCUUGGACCGGUGGCGGUGGUUGAGUCCGACGGGUCGGCGGCUGACUUCCCGUGCUUUUGUCCGCCGCCAUAGAUCAGCGCUCGGUCCCUCGGGGACUGCAAAUCCUGCAAUUAUUCCACUCGCUAAAGUGUGAUGUACAUUCGACCAAACACGGCCUUGCAACUCCGUGAUAAUUAACUCCGUAAUUAAUUAUGCUUAUAUAA